GCAGGAAGCCGUCUUCACGUAAAAAAAAAAAAGAAAGAAGCAGACGAAAUCAACAAUAACAAAACAGCCCUUCACAGCAUCGAACUUUGUUUUCGUAAACGAGGUGUUUGCUAAUCCAACCGUCAGCUAAAAUGAGAGGAGGCUCAUCGUACGGUGACAGGGACCGCGACCGGGGUCGCGAUAGGGGAAGUCCCCGUUUCGGGUCGAGCAGGGGUGGUACGUUUGGGAACCCCGGAGAGCGUUUACGCAAAAAGAAAUGGGAUCUGGACCAACUUCCUAAGUUCGAGAAGAAUUUUUACAAAGAACACCCAGAUGUGCAGCGCAUUAGCCAGUAUGACCUAGAGGAGUUCCGCAGGAAGAAGGAGAUCACCAUCCGAGGUUCAGGCUGCCCUAAGCCUGUCACCAGCUUCUCUCAGGCCCACUUCCCACAGUACGUCAUGGACGUGCUGAUGCAGCAGAACUUCAAGGAGCCCACAGCCAUCCAGGCUCAGGGGUUCCCUCUGGCGCUGAGUGGCAGGGACAUGGUGGGCAUCGCCCAGACCGGCUCAGGGAAAACCCUGUCGUAUCUCCUGCCGGCCCUUGUCCACAUCAGCCACCAGCCCUACCUGGAGAGGGGACACGGGCCCAUCUGCCUGGUCCUGGCCCCCACCAGAGAGCUUGCCCAGCAGGUACAGCAGGUUGCCCAUGACUACGGAAGGUCGUCUCGCAUCAAGAGCACCUGUGUGUAUGGAGGUGCUCCCAAGGGGCCCCAGAUCAGAGACCUGGAGAGAGGUGUGGAGAUCUGCAUCGCCACGCCUGGUCGUCUCAUCGACUUCCUGGAGGCGGGGAAGACCAACCUGCGGCGCUGCACCUACCUGGUCCUGGACGAGGCCGACAGGAUGCUGGACAUGGGCUUUGAGCCCCAGAUCCGCAAGAUCGUCAACCAGAUCAGGCCUGACCGGCAGACCCUGAUGUGGAGCGCCACCUGGCCCAAGGAGGUGCGCCAGCUGGCCGAGGACUUCCUGCGGGACUACGUCCAGAUCAACGUGGGCGCCCUGGAGCUCAGCGCCAACCACAACAUCCUGCAGAUAGUGGACGUGUGCAUGGAGAACGAGAAGGACAACAAACUGCUCCAGCUGAUGGAGGAGAUCAUGGCUGAGAAGGAGAACAAGACCAUCAUCUUUGUGGAGACCAAGAAGCGCUGUGAUGACCUGACCCGCAGGAUGAGACGGGAUGGGUGGCCAGCUAUGUGUAUCCAUGGUGACAAGAGCCAGCCUGAGAGAGACUGGGUGCUGACUGAGUUCCGGAGUGGCAAGGCUCCCAUCCUCAUCGCUACUGACGUGGCCUCGCGUGGUCUAGACGUGGAUGACGUGAAGUUUGUCAUCAACUACGACUACCCCAACUCCUCUGAGGACUACAUCCACCGCAUCGGGCGCACGGCGCGCAGCACUAACAAGGGCACGGCCUACACCUUCUUCACCCCGGGGAACCUGCGGCAGGCACGCCAGCUGCUCCGAGUCCUGGAGGAGGCCCGCCAGGACAUCAACCCCAAGCUGCUGCAGCUGGUCAACACCGGCCGUGGGGGAGGAAGUGGAGGAGGAGGUAGCAGGUCCCGUUUCCGUGGCGCCAGCUCCAGUUCCAACAACCCCAACCUGAUGUACCAGGACGAGUGUGACCGGCGCAUGAAGAGCACUGGGGGAGGUGGCAGUGGCAAAGACAGCCGGGGGGACGGCCGGGGGGACGGCCGGGGGGAGGGCCGGGGGGGGAGCAGAGGGGACAGCAGGGGCAAUCGCGAUGCAGACCGCUCCUCCUCCUCUUACCGGGAGCGCAGCUCCAAAGAUGGGCGUGGCAGCUACAGCUCCUCCUCCACCUCAGGCUCCUCCUCCUCCUAUGAGCCGUACCAGAGCAGCAGCACUCAGUACAGCUCCUCUAGGGGGGGCUCUGGGGGUCAGGCUCCUCCCCCGCCCGGCCCCCAGCCCCUCAUGGCUCAGCAGUUCACCCCUGCCCAACCCAUGAUGGGGCUCAUGGGACACGCCCCCUUUCAGUUCGCCCCCCCUCCCCCGGCCCCAGGACGCAAGUAGAGAUUCACACACACACACACACACACCACCACACAC